GACCUGAAUAAUGUCCACUUCUAGUCGUGCGCGCAUAGAAUUGUAGCAGAAAGUUUAUUUACUUGAAGUCAACAGCCUCCGGCUCGGGGGUCAGGUGCGGAUGCCGGAGUGAGGCUUGGAAGUUUCUUUUUCUCUCGUAAGCUAAGUCUCCAAUUCAACACUUACAAUUAAAAGAGGAACAAGAGUUCUAUCAGAGGGCUAUGAUUAUGGUUAAUUUGAAGCAUAUAUAGAUAGAAGAAUAUGGGGAGUAGGGUUCCUGUGCAACACUACAAUUUGAGAUCAGCCAAUUCAUUCAUUGGUAGUUCUUUGCAUGAUCUCAACACCGUUGAUUCCCGCCCUGCCAAUAUCGACCCUAUUGGGGAGACCGUCGAUCGUCAUGCCGAUGAUGGCUUAGAUGCGGACGAUGAUUCCAAUGCUGCUGUUGACUGCAUUCAUGAAUCAUAUAGGAAUUCCUUACCACUUCAUGGUGUUGGAGUUGAAGAAGAUCGAUCCAGUCUUGAGAACAGUUGCUCUUCUAGAGCUUCCUAUGAUAUAUUGACCAUUGAGGAUGUUUCGCCUAUCGAGUCUGCAAGAGCGAGAUUUUUGCAAAUAAUAGUGGAUCAUUUUAUUGGUGAUCAUUUGAUUGAAGUGGCUGAUAAUGAGGCUGAUUAUGUUGCUCACUCGGGACAAGAUAAACUGAAUAAGAGGAAAUCAGGAGAUGUGCAAUAUGAAGGUGAUCCCAGGUUUGCUUUGCCCUUGAUGUACGUGGCAAAUAUGUAUGAAACACUAGUGAAUGAUGUAAAUAUGAGGCUGGUUUCUUUGAAUGGUAUUCGUGAUAAGACCAUUGGAGUAGCACUUGAAGCAUCUGGUGGUUUGUAUAGAAAAAUGGCCAAGAAAUUUCCUAAAAAAGGUUCUUGUAUAUUUAAAAGAAGAGAAUUGGCAACUUCUCUUGAGACAAGGACUCGAUUCCCAGAAUUAGUGAUACAAGAAGAGAAGAGAGUACGUUUUGUGGUGGUCAAUGGUUUGGAUAUAGUUGAGAAACCAAGUAGCAUGCCCAUUGAAGAUGCUGAGUGGUUUAAGCGACUGACAGGUCGGAGUGAAGUUGCAAUCUCUGCUCGAGACUAUAAAUUCUACUCUCCGAGGCACAAGUAUAGACGUGUUGUGUCCAACAUUCCUGGUUUGCCAACACUUCCUGCUACAGAUAGUUCUUCUACAAUCGCUAAUGCACAAGGAUUUCGAUCUCCACAAAAUGAGCAGCAACCUACUCCAAAGCAUCACGUGGAUUCAUUGUCACAUCAACCUCAGUUUCACCCACUUCACCAAAACCAUCAUCAAGUUCAUCAAAGUCAACAUGCAACCCAGUUUUCUCAAAGUCAACAAUGUCCUACUUCACACUUGCCUGAAAUCACCAAUGCUAAUCAGUCUCCUAACAUUUCUCAACAUAUGGCAUACUUGCAACCCCUCACAGGAGGUCAUGUUGGAGGGCGUUUGCAUUUAAUGCCUGCAAGCCCAGCAAAGUUUUGUGAUGAAUGUGGCGCUCCAUAUCUAAGGGAAACCUCUAAGUUCUGCUCAGAAUGCGGUACAAAAAGGCUAGGUAUGUGAUGCUAUUAAAAUUCUCCAUCAUGAUCCCAAAAUGUAUUAUAACCUUUUUCGUGGAUUAUAAUUUUUGAAUCUUAGAGUGUACAUUUUUAGUCAUGUAGUGAAGCAGAGAUUUGGCUUAUUUCUUGUUAUUAUAUUAAUGGCUCCAUUUGCUUCAUUUC